CUUUCCUUUGUUUUGAAAAUCCCACUGUGUAACUUGCGUCCCAGCGGAAUUAAUUCUGUACCAUGUGACCGGAUCGUACAAAGAGCCUAUUUUAUACCUGUGAAAAUUCUCGUAGUUCGUAAAGCAUCGUUCUUGCACCAUUCAAUCAUUUUUUCCACAUCAUCAUUGACGACGCCAACAGACCACACGCUCGGGUAUUUUCUUCGUCGUAACCACCUUUUUCGCAAUGGAAGAACAAAUGCCUUGCUCCUCUAGUGCUCCAGAUAACUCGGCGGUACAUGUAAUUGAAAUCGAGGAUGAUUGCCCGCUAUCACCCGUCCCGCUCGAGCAGGAAAAGUUGGUAGAACCACUCUUCGAAAAUGAAGACGGCGUCGCUGAGGGUAAAAUUCACGCGUUACCUACCCUGAAUUCAGCGCAGAGAGAGGCCGACAAUGAAGACGACGUCGUUGCGGGUGAAUUUCAUGCGGAAUCUACCCUGCAUUCAGCGCAGAGAGGGAACAAGCGCAAAACCCCGUAUUCGGUUAAAUUCGGUGAGCUACCCGAGGCAGUCAGAAAGUUUUUGGCUUCCGUAAAGAGAUUCUUUACCCAGAAAGUCAACUUUGAAAGAGAGAAAGCACCGGUGACCCUUUCUACUUACGAGAAGGCUCAAGAGAGAAUGCUUUGUAAGUAUCUUUGUUGCUUUCUGGGUUACGUUAGAACUACUUUAGGCCGUGAUGAAGAGCUUUUACCACAUUGCUUUUUGAGAGUUCCCUUGAUCGAAGGCUACGUUGAAUUUUUGAAGUUGUUAUUAUUAGUAGUAGUAUUAUUCCAUACUUUUUCUGAAAGAAAGAAAUUCCCAACAAAUUGGAAAAUUUUAAUAUCACUGAUUUACUGCUUGGUAGGUGAAAUUUUUCCUUUCGAGCUUGAAAACUUUAACCCAGAGACUCUUGCCUCUGAUGAAUUUCUGCUACAUGUUGAUUCUUUUCUUUUCCUUUUCUUUCGUUUACAUCUAUUUAUUUACUUAUUGAUUUUUGGCUGUUCCGAGCCUCAAUUAACCUGUUCUGUUUCCUCACAGGAAGAACGAAAUUGCAGCUCUGCGACGGUUUCAAAUCACAUCAGCUCACUUCUCUACCCAAUCAAAUUUGUGCACAGAGAGCAUGCUCCUGAUUUCAAAGGGGUCCCCAUUAUCCGUCAGCUGAGAGUUCAAGCUCGAAUUCUCCAGAAAGAAGGUGACUUGGAAAGGCCGUCCACAAUGGAAGAUCUUUCUGCCCAAAAUCGCUGGAUCCCUUGGGAGGAAGUGGUUUCUGCUGUUAGCACCCAGCGAGAAAAGUUUGAAUUGACUGGUCCAAUGAAGUUCAAAGCCAAGGAAUUUUGCGAUCUCAUUAUGCUAUCCCUGUAUGUGUUCAUUCCCCCGUCACGGGGGCUGGAAAUCAGGACCCUGGAAGUGCUGUCAGGGGAAGAGGCCAGGAACUUCGACCCAAAGACCUCAGCUGGGAAGAAUUACCUGCUUGUCAAGGAUAGUGGGGCUAUUAUCCUCCACUUUAACAAUUACAAGACCAGAAAGUUUUCUGGACGAGAUGAGCUGUCUCUACAGCCCGAAGACGAGCUCUGUCGACUUUUGUUGUCGUACAUAAAGGAUUAUCGGCCGCAUUUGGUUACAGAGUCAAGCCAAAGCUACCUACUGCUGGUAAGGUUUAACCUGUUUUGACCAAGUUACCAAAUGAUAUCCUCACAUCUUGUGUAAGUUAGAUUUCAACCUCUGGACUUUUGGGGUGAGGAAAUUGAUCCCAGCCAAGGAUCCUCCCUAACCCUAACCCUAACGUUGAGGCAUAAAGCUGUUUAAUCUUCUCGUUUCACCCCCAUUUCGAUACCAAGAGUGGUUUUUCUUAGAAAUUUCAUCCUUCAAGGGUUGGUCACAGUCAGCUUUCACCCCCAAAAGCUCUUUCAGUAUGUAAAAUUCAGUGACAAUUUC